AUGUGUUCGCCGGCGGACGACAGCCAAUCGUUGACUUACGAGUCUAUCAUUGAGUCGUUUGUCCGCCAAAAGUCAUUCAAAUGCCAUUACGAUGGAUGCGACAAAUUGUUUGUCACUCAAAGCCGAUUGGAUUCGCAUAUAAGCCGAAGACAUGCCAUCGAAGGUAGCGGACAGUCCGGGGAUCCGAUCGACAGAUCAUCUCAUGUCAGAAACCAAUCAUUGGGUGAAGCACUCAAUGGUAUACAACAGACACCAGUCAUCAGUACUACUGACACUACACCGCCGCUGACAAUAACGACAAUCACUACUACUUCCAGUGCUGACAGACAAUCGGUGGACAACACUUGCGAUACUACUUCCCCCGAUGGCCACCAACUGAGACCAACAAUCAAUACCACUAGUCAUACAUUCCGAUCGAUAACAAGCACUUCCGAUACCAAAGAUCAGUCCCAGAGCUCAACAAUCAGUACAACAUUCCCUUCAUUUCCACACAUAAUAACCACAACCACUGCUACUUCCAGUGCCGACAGACAAUCGGUGGACAAUAACAGUUCUUCAGCCGAUAUCGAAGACCAAUCGUUGACGACAUUAUUUGAUGUCAUUUAUCAGACUUUAAACGCGACAACAGUUGUGCCAUCACUGCCACAAACAGUGACCACUUCCAGCGCCGACAGCCAUUUGGUGGACAUUACUAGCGAUAAUGAUUCGGAUUCUGAUAUCGAACUCAUUGGUAGAGUUCCGGCGCCCAAACGGCCCGCACGUUACCGAUCGGCCGACGAUAAGCCAUUGCUCAUAGACUCCAUACCUCUGGUGCCGGAAUUAGUCAACAAAGCGCCCGUAGCAGUCAUAACGUUGACGGGCGUUGGCGAUGAGCUAAUCCGUGACAUCGGGCCCGGCAUACGGGUGGCCAACAAGCGUAAGGCAUCCGUAGAUCCACAACUGGCCGUUAAAACUGCCAGAACAACAGCACCCGACCUGAUCUCAUCGCACCCCUGCCCUUACGUUGGCUGCUGCCAGACAUUUAACACCCAAUCAUUACUGUCCACACAUAUGCUGUCCGUCCACAACGAGCACUGGAGUGCCGAUCAACGCUUUCCGUGCGGUAAAUGUCACCUCAAGUAUAGCACAGGACUCGCCCUCGACAGCCAUCAAGAGUUGGCGCACCCGAUGCCCACGUCCACCACCACUGAGAAACCCUCACCAGACCUGAUCCCGUGUCCAUACAUUGUGUGUCGGCUAACAUUCCAAUCGCAAUCAUUACUGUCCACUCAUAUACAGUCCGUCCACUCGAAGGAGCGGUGGUCGGCCGGUCAGCCGGCGCCCUUGCGGUGCCAUAUAUGCCAACUCAAGUUCACGACACUACUGACCCUCACUCGGCACCAGGCGUCGGCCCACCAGACGCCACUCCAGCUCAAUGUGGCCGACAAUAAUAACAGUGGCUUCACGUGUGAGAAAUGUCAUAAACAUUUCAAUAGGAUUGUGCCCUUUAUGGACCACCAGCUCAAAGAGCACCCGCCGGUGCGACCACUGCCGGUCAAACCGAAGCCCAGCCCCGGCCGACACAUACCCUGUGACGCGUGUGGCAAAUGUUUUGGCUCCGACUCCGCCCUACAGAUGCAUAAAACGGCUAAAAAUCAUUGA